CGUAUUAUAAAGCGCAUGUCUGGCCCUCUCCGCCCCGUCAGAGCUGAACGUUUAUCGGACGUCGUCGCGAUCGAUCCGACAAUCCGAUGCCCACCUGAGUUGUCAUGUGUGUUUGAAGCAGGUGCAAUCAGGUGGAAAGCGAGCACAGCAGCGUCACGCCACUCGUUGCAGAUCCUGCCAGUGGAUUUCCUCGACUCCACUUUCCUUUCCCAGCUGACGUGUGGACUGAACAGUUUCGAGCUGCUUCUGCCUUCUUCUGGUGGGCGUCGGUGAAAAAAAGCGACCAUGUGGGAGUUCCGCUCCAUGAGUUUUUGGCGGGCCGUCUUCGCAGAGUUCUUCGGGACCAUGUUCUUUGUCUUUUUCGGCUUGGGUGCCGCCCUGCGCUGGAGCGUGGGGCCUCACCACGUCUUCCACGUGGCCCUGUGCUUCGGACUGGCGGCCGCCACCCUCAUCCAGUCCAUCGGCCACAUCAGCGGCGGCCAUAUUAACCCCGCCGUCACCUUCGCCUACCUCGUCGGUGCCCAGUUGUCUCUCUUCCGCGCUUUUUUCUACAUGGUCGCACAGUGCCUCGGUGCUGUGGCCGGGGCCGCCGUGCUGUACGGGGUCACGCCUGGCAACAUGAGGGGCAACAUGGCUUUGAAUGCGCUGCAGCCUGGCGUCAGUCUGGGAAUGGCCACCACGGUGGAGGUGUUCCUCACCAUCCAGCUGGUGGUGUGCAUCUUCGCCGUGACGGACGAGAGGAGAAACGGCCGCCUGGGUUCCGCCGCCCUCUCCAUUGGCUUCUCCGUCGCCAUCGGACAUCUCAUGGGGAUGUACUACACAGGUGCUGGCAUGAACCCCGCCAGGUCCUUCGCACCUGCUGUGCUGUUCAGAAACUUCCUCAACCACUGGGUGUACUGGGUGGGACCCAUGAUCGGCGCCGCCGUGGGCGCCCUCUUGUACGACUUUGUCCUGUUCCCGCGCAUGAGGGGUCUGUCCGAGCGCCUGGCCACGCUGAAGGGCAGUCGGCCCCCGGAGAGGGAGAACCCGCAGGACCCUCGCGGCGAGCCCAUCGAGCUCAAGACGCAGGCCUUAUAAACCUGAAAGCUUCACGAGUCGUCACACAAGACUUCCUUAAAAAACGAAGAACACAAGAGUCAGGUCACCAAGUAAAGUUCUCCUCCCCCUCCAUGACCUCACUCUGUACUCAGAGCUUCUGUGAUGGAGAGGAGCAUGCAAAGGGAGCAGGGAGGUUUUUGAGGGUGGGUGCUGUUGGAAUUGGGUGGGGUAAGAUGCAGGGUGAAAGGUCACUCUGGGUUUGUGCUUGUUUUCAGGUUAGACCGGUGAAGGUGGUUUCUCUUUCUUAUCAUCUCAAUUUGUGGUUUUAUUUUACUUUCUGCACUCCAGAUGUGGAUGUAUGAUUGGAUUUGAGCAGGAGUUUUCAAAUGGCUACAUUUAUCUUUGUGCGAGUGACAGCAUUGUUGGGUGCAUGACAGUGAAUGUGUGUGUGAGUGUGUGUGUGUGUGUGUGUGUGUGUGUGUGUGUGUGUGUGUGUGUGCAUGAGUGUGUGACAUGAAGAUUGCUAAUGCAGUAUUUUUUUUUUCAUUGCAGCUGUCAUGUUUUGUACCAAUCACCUUUUUGUCAUCGCUUUGUUUUAAGACACCAUCAUCUCCUCUCACGGUGAUAUUUGCAAUUUUUACAUAAACCAUGGCUUUUUAUCCCCCUUGGAGCCAACACAACCAAAGCAAAUGUUGAAUUAGACAACUGGAGAAACAUGACAGGUCUGUUCACUAGAGACUAUUAUUUCAUCCUCACAGGACUUCCAUUACCGCCUUCAAUAAACAUUCAGUUACAAUAAACAUGCAAAUAUGU